AUGCAAGCAAUGAAGUAUUGGCACUAUCAGGUGGAAUUGAUUGAAGCGAUACUGCCCAAGUUGGAAGAACGACAUGUACUGGUUAUUCAUUGUCGUGGAAUAGAGGGUGACUGUGGUACAGAAGCAUAUUUACUUCUUCUACAUGUUCUAAAGAAGUACGUUAGAUCACGUCACCCUAUACAUCUACAUUGUUUCACAGGUGACCAGUCUGUGCUCAAGAAAUGGUUGGAGACAUUUCCAAGGACGUACUUUGGCUUCACUAGUCUGGUGGAUUCCUUUAAUCGUGACCAGAUAGCAGCGCUACGAGAAAUUGAAGAGUCUCGUCUGCUUCUUGAGUAG